AUGGUGGACACAGCCAGUCAGGUGCUCCUGGGCUCCGGUCUCACCAUCCUGUCCCAGCCGCUCAUGUACAUGAAGGUGCUCAUCCAGGUGGGAUAUGAGCCUCUUCCUCCAACAAUAGGAUGAAAUAUUUUUGGACAGCAAGUUUGUCAGCUUCCAGGUCUCUUUUGUUAUGCUCAGCACAUUGCGAGCAUCGAUGGGAAGUGUGGGUUGUUCAAAGGCUUAACUCCAAGACUGUGUUCAGGGGUCAUUGGAACUGUGGUCCAUGGUAAAGUUUUACAGCAUUGCCAGGACUAUGACAAGGCUGAGGAGUCAGGAUCUGGAAAUGUACAGAAAGAAGAUUCAUCUUCCUUUGACCGUGUUAUCAAGGAGACAACUCGAGAGAUGAUGACUCGAUCUGCUGCUACUCUCAUCACACAUCUCUUCCAUGUGAUCACUCUGAGAUCUAUGGUACACUUCAUUGGCAGAGAAUCCAAGUACUGUGGACUUUGUGACUCCAUAGCAACUAUAACGGAAGAAGGCAGCCUAGGAUUUUUUGUGUGUCUUAUUCCUCGCCUCCUAGGUGACAUCAUUUCUUUGUGGCUCUGUAACUCACUAGCCUACCUCGUCAAUACUUAUGCACUGGACAGUGGGGUUUCCACCAUGAAUGAAAGGAAGAGUUACUCCCAAGCUGUCACAGGAUUUUUUGCCAGUAUGUUGACGUCUCCCUUUGUGCUUGUCUCUAAUCUUAUGGCUGUCAACAACUGUGGGCUUGCUGGUGGAUGCCCUCCCUACUCCCCAGUAUAUUCUUCUUGGAUAGAAUGCUGGUGCAUGCUACAAAAAGAGGGAAAUAUGAGCCGAGGAAAUAACUUGUUUUUCCGGAAGGUCCCCUUUGGGAAGACUUAUUGUUGUGACCUGAGAAUGUUAAUUUGAAAAUGUGGGGCAGGGACAGUGACAUUUCUAUAGACACAGAUACACAGAAUUAUGGGAGAGAAUGUUGAUUUCUAUACAGUGUGGCAUGCUUUUUUAAUAAUCAUUUAAUC